UUUUUAAAAGUAUUAAAUUUUUUAAAAGUAGACAAUUAUUUUAAAAAUAAAGUUUUAUUUUUAUAUAGUAUAACUAUGUACAAAGAUCCUUCAAUCGAGGAACUUUUUGGUUUUUCAGAUAGUAAUGAAUAUGAAUCAACAGAAGAAAAUAAUUCUUCUGAUGAACUUGAAGUUUUUGAUCAUAAGGUAUCACCAAGUUCAUUUAAUGGAAAUGAACCGAUUGAUAUAUCUUCCAUAACCUUUCCAUCGAUAUCUGGAUUAAUUCUUUAUGAAAACCUUUUAACUCACGAACAACAAAAUGAAUUAAUUAAUGGUAUUAUAGAAGCUAAUUAUUUUGAUAAUCCGGAAUCAAAUCAGGCAAUGUGUUUUGGCACAUUACCAUCAUUCCUUCUUAAUGCUGUUGAAAUUAUUUCUCAUACACCUGGACUUUUUCCUGAUGGAAUUCAGAAUAGGAAACCUUUAUUUGAUCAGUCAAUCAUCAAUUUAUAUAAACCUGGAGAAGGUAUUACAAGUCAUGUGGAUUUGCCAAGAUUUGAAGAUGGGAUUGUAGUCAUAUCAUUAUUAUCAUCAUGCGUAAUGCAAUUCAAACCCUUAUCUGACAUAUCUGACAUUGAACAGGAUGGUGAUAACACUAAUUAUUAUAACAAAUUUAAGGAUAUUCAAAAUACUGGUGAAACGAUACCAGUAAUUCUUAGACCAGGAUCCGUUCUUGCUCUCAGUGGAUCAUCUAGAUAUAAUUGGACUCAUGGAAUAGAAGAGAAUGAGAUUGAUGAGGUCGGGGAUGAAAAAAUCGUUCGAAACAUUAGAGUAUCUGUGACUUUAAGAAAAAUGAAACAGGAUCAAUUAUUAUUAAAUAAAGAUGAUUCAAACUCAUUUUCUUUCGAGGUUAAAAAACGUGGACACUAAGUUGCAAUUAAAUUUGAAAGCUUUAUUUAUUAUUUAUUAUUUAUUAUUUUUGAGAUGCAAACCAGUUUUUAUUAGUAGAAAAAAAAUCUGCAGUUAAAAUUUGCAAUAAUUUAUGUGAACGAACUUGCAGUAUGUAAUUAUGAAUUUCACUCAUACUGAAAAGAAUCAUUCUUUUUUGAAUAUUUACAAGAUAUAGAAGUGUAGCAAAAUAGCUUCGAAAAAUGAUAAAAUUUUAAUUUAUGAUAAAUCUUCAACGACAGAAG